AGAUCACUGGGAGGCGUUUGCAGUUUCACUGUUGAAUGCUGCCUUAGUCAACAUAUUGAACAACCCAGUGAGCCAAGCUCUGUACUGAUCACCAGGGGGAGAUCUAGAGGAAGGAAAGGAGACUGGCCACAGCCCCUGCCUUCAGGGAGCUUCCAGUUAAAUGAAGGAGGCAAGUCUCCUGGCUUGUGAAGGCCUAGCAGGUGUGAGUUUGGUUCCUACUGCAGCCAGCAAGAAGAUGAUGCUGAGCCAGAUCGCCAGCAAACAGGCCGAGAAUGGAGAGCGGGCAGGUAGCCCAGAUGUGCUGAGGUGCUCAAGUCAGGGGCACCGAAAAGACAGCGAUAAGUCCCGGAGCCGCAAAGAUGAUGACAGCUUGGCUGAGGCCUCUCACUCAAAAAAGACUGUUAAAAAGGUGGUGGUAGUGGAACAAAAUGGUUCUUUUCAAGUAAAGAGUCCCAAAAAUUUUAUUUGUGAACACUGCUUUGGAGCCUUUAGGAGCAGUUACCACCUCAAGAGACACAUCCUUAUUCAUACAGGUGAAAAGCCAUUUGAGUGUGACAUAUGUGAUAUGCGCUUCAUCCAGAAGUACCACUUGGAGCGUCACAAGCGAGUGCACAGUGGUGAAAAGCCCUACCAGUGUGAACGGUGUCAUCAGUGUUUUUCUCGGACAGAUCGAUUACUCAGACACAAACGGAUGUGCCAAGGGUGCCAGUCCAAGACUUCCGACGGGCAGUUUUCUCUAUAGGUGCAAGGGGCCCUGGGUGGUGGGAGUGAUCAGAAGAAUCUACCGAAGAGCACACCUCUGGUCUGAUGGUCCCACCGCCGCCCUGUCUGUACCUGUCCCCCUCCUGGAGGAGUGGACCCGGGAGACCCGAAGAGUGCAUCAGGGGACAGAAGCCCCAGAGCCUCAGCUCUGUAAAUAAUCUGAGACUAUGAGUAUCUCGGGGAAGUUCCUGCAGCAUUCCUGGGUAGGGAAGCUAGUUCCUCGACCUUGGCUGAGGUCACAGGUGGGGGACUCAAGGUACAGGACCAAGACUAAAGUGUGGCUCCCACAACCUUGGACUCCAGCUGGCAGCUGAAACAGAAAAGAUUGGGGAGAGGCAUUUGUUUGUUGGUUGGUUCUGUUCUUGUUUUUGUUUAUACAAAAAGCAAUUUCUACAGGUGCACUGUGGAUACAGGUAAUAUGGAGGCAUAGAGUCAUGGUCAAAGCAGGGACUGUGGCUGGUCCAACCAUCCCCCAAAAUUGAGUUUUUAGUUGCAGUUGAUCCUCAGUGCUCCACAGCCCUGCACCUCAUCUCUUGUUUGAAGGAGAAUAGGAUCAAGGAUGGCAGCUGAGGUUACUUGGGCCUCCUUAUGCACCAUAGGGACAAAAGGAAAAACAGUGGGAGGAACAGACAAGGGCUGGAUCCAAAAAGAGUGGACAGGCACCUAAAAUUUCCUCCAGGGAAGAGCAAGAGUUAUGCCCAUGGGUGUUGUAGUGGUCCAUGCCACACUGGUACCUUAUGGGGUCAGCUCACAUGCUUUUUGGGGGAAAUGGGUGAGAAUGGCCCAUGAAGCCCUUUCUUUCUGUCUUUGGGCAUCUGAUCUUGGAGGUAGCUGUGGCUACCUCGCUGCCAUUGAUUCCUAAGCCCCACAAAGGUGUUGAGCAGGGAGUUAUGAAUGUUAAAGUGGGUUUGCUCUUCUUGUGUCAUCUUAGGAACAACCCAAGUCUAGUCCCAAGCUGAGUAACAACUAUUCAAGAAACAAAGGAAUUUGGUAUCCCCUGACAUGACUGUUGAGCAGUGUGAGCUGUUCUCCCUGCCCAAGUCCUAUCACUAUAUUCGAGGAGAGGAGUUCGGGGUCUGGCCUUUAGUCCCAAAGAACAAGAUCUUGGCUUCCUUCUUGAUGGCCAUCCCUACCCAAUAAAGAAUUGUGGGGUGUGUCAGGAUGGCUGUGGAGAAAGGUCUGAGGAAGAAACCUGUUGCAGGGUUUGUUCUUGACCAUAUUCUUUGCUCCUCUGCUCGAACAGCACCACCCUAUCCACCCCCCAAAAAAGUAAUCAGGUGUGUGUGUGUGUGUGUGUGUAUGUGUGUAAAAGUAACCAGGUGUGUGUAAAAGUAACCAGGGGUGUGUGUAAAAGUAACUGUGUGUGUGUGUGUGUGUGUGUGUGUGUGAGAGAGAGAGAGAUACAUCAUUGAGCCAAACCCUUCUCUGGCCCCCAGCUUGGGAGGAGGAGCAUAAAACAGCCUCUCCCACCUUCCCCAAACCUGAAGGGUGCUUGAGUUCCAGCGGGAGCCAAAGAACUCAACUUAGGGGAUUGGAGGGGAUUUUUUUAGAUUCAUUUAUCUGGCUGGUGAUUAGGGUGUUUCUAACCCAAGCCAAAGCUUGUGAACAUGAAUUUUCUAAAGUGAAAUACAAACCCUCUUCCUGCUCUGGGAGAUUGUAGGGUUUAGUUGUCCUGCACUGUGGCCUGCGCUGACCUGUGGCAGGGGAGGUAAUCAUGGAGUAAUCAUGGAGACUUGGUGAACCUGACCAAGUUGUCAGUGGGGAGCUGAGAAUGGCAACCUCUAGGAAAUGUGAUUUUGUUUUCCAAAAUGUAAGGAAUAGCUGCGGCAAACUCCUGGCUCUUACCUAUUCUGAAAGAGUUGGAGAGGAGGGGUUGUCAGGGAAAAAGAAGGGCAUAACACCCUUUAGAUUUCCCUUGAUGGCAUCUGAGAUCCUUUCAGGGAUGCAUGGGGGAAUAUGUGCCCCCUGUGCUCAUCUAGCUUUAUGCUGGCACUCCCGUUUGCUGUGGUCCAGAACCUAGGUCUCAGUCCCUGUCUCUGCCCUCUUGUUCCCUGCAAGCAGAGCAUCUCUGUGUAUGUGAGGCAGCCCCCUUCCUAUUAGAGGGUUCUGCUGGGUCUGAACUUUGUCACUCACCUCUGGGGAUAUAUUCUGGGAAGGAGGAUACAUUUAGAAAACUCUGCCCUCCAAAGAGCACUUUGGAAAUUGGAGGCCUUGCUCUCUGCCACUUGCAGCUAAUCUGUGUGGUGUUGGGUGGGUUGGGAAUAUGUGUAGAGAGAAUCACAUGAGUGAUCACACCCAUAGGUGUACGAACGUGUGUUUAGGUCAGCAUCUGCCCUGGCACCCCACAGGCCUCAGCUUCCUUCCUGGGGGAGUGGGCGGGAGAGAGGGAACUUUGGAACAGACGUGCAAAGAGCCAUACCAGAACCAGCCCUGCCACGAACUGGGUGUAGAUGGGGGGAAUACAGAAUCAGGUGGUUAGUUCAGUUAUCCAGGUGCUGAUGUUGUGGGGCCACGGAUGUGUGAGGAAAGAGGAGCAAAGAGGUGAAAGGAGUGAUUUUGCCCCCAGAGGGCCCAGGAGCCCCACUUAGACCCCAGGGAAACCAGACUAAGACCGCUGCAGAGGCUCCUGGGCCCAAUGCCCCACUCCUUCACUGGGGUGGGGUCUAGCACUGGAAUGAUGCCUCAGGUGUGUUUGGAGUAAGGGGAAAGGGAGAUGGGGCAGGCUCUCAAGAGACCUGGACGUGGAAUUCGGGGACCUGGGAAGAGGAGCACCAGUUCCUGGGUGGGCUGCUCUACCAGGCCCUACCAGUCCUGCCCUUCCCAGCACCCCAAGACUUUUCCGUCCAUGCCCCAACCACCUCUUAUCAUCCCUUAGCUGCUGAUUGUGCCCCAUGACUUGACCUUGGAGGGUUAAAUGAGGCGUGGAGCCCCACCACAACUUAACCCUUUUCCCAGAUGCUCUUCGCCUCUGCUCUGGCUCUGGGACUUUUAUCUUAAUUCUUCUGACCCUCUCCACCUCUUUUUUUUUUUUUAAUAUACUUAUUUUGCUAUUGGGAGAGGGGACUGUAAAAUGAGCAAGAUCACUUUUAAAUGGUAGUUUUUAUAAGAUGUUAUAAACUUGUAUCUUUUUAACAUUAAAGUGCAGUGUAUGUUC